AUGCCGCCUCAAAAACCGAAUAACUCCCAUACCUCAUCUAAUUUCAAGAAAGGGAGCACAGAUCAGCUGAGCCAUUAUGGCCAAGCUCAUAGUAGCCUAGAAGGAAGACUACAAAAUUCAUGUCAAGCCGUAGGCAAUAUGUCCCAGCUCUUGCUGCUCCAGUUUACUGUUCAGUUCAGAUUAGACUUAAAAGACGUGGGCAGAGUAUAUGCUCAACUUGUACAUGGAACAGUACAACUUGAGCGCCACAACAACCUCAUUCACCUACCUUCCCUCAUAGGAUACGAAGCCUUCAAGAUCAUGCGGAAGGACGGGAAGAAGCAUAAGGCAGCGACGUGUGCCAACUAUCACGCCGAUUCUGGAAUAGUGUUGGUGAUGGUCGUGGUGCUUUCCGCGGCUGUCUGUAAGGAUAGGCUCCACUUCGCUAUCACAACCACAAAGGUACGAAUAAUCAACCAACGGGUGAUUCACAUGCAGAAUACAGCCACGAUGGCAGAGAACUUCACGCAAGUACGCGUUUAUGUCAAGUCAAACGGAUUAGAAGGCUGGCACGUUUUAGGUUUCCAUGGUACCUCUUCAGUAUAUCUAUUAGGUUAA